GCGGUGUCCAGAGAAGCUGUGAUGGCCGUGGUCUGAGUUGCAGCUCUUCCAUUGAUCAUCAAUUAAUAGUAAGCAAGGGUUGUAACUCACUCCAGGGUUGUUGUAGGUCCCCAGCCAUUGCACUCCAGGUUCUUGCCCCAUGUGAGAAAGAACUCUAAGCAGAGACGUGAGUGCAAGAAAGAGAGCAGAAUUAUGGAAAGAGGUGGAGAGUACACAUUCAGGUGUGAAGGAGAGAUGGGUGCCAUGAGGAAAAUCUAGUGCCCCCCUCAGUCUAGCAGUCCCCUUUAUUGAGUAGCAGGUGACGCCCUAAUCGAAUGCACAAGUGGGGUGGGGCUCCGCGUGUGUGCUGUCCUCUGGGAAGCUUUCAUGGCGUCUCCACGUGGCGCUCAGUGUACACUUACCUGUCCUGGCGUCUUUGUGCAGGAGGAGGCUGUAGUGCAUGGUGGGAAAGCACGUGUACUGAACUGCAUGCGGGGGGCGGAGUCAGGGGUGCUGGGCUAGAGACGGAAACUGUUGGACACCCCUCAGCCCCUUGGUUCCCUGACUGCCUGCCCAGCCCACACCAAUGAGCACUAAAUAAGACCAUCUCCUGAUGUCACAGUUCCAAUAGAUGCCCCCGCCCACAGCUAUUUUUUAAGAUCUUGCCAGCGAUACCACGUUUAGGAAACCCAGGAUCAUGAAGAGGGUGUGUAUCCACUGUUCAGCCAAGUGAGGCUCCUUUCUCUUGGAGGCCUGCACUGACCAGCGUUCUUAGAGAGGUGGCUUCUCUGGGCCGUGCCGCAGGUUAAGCCACCACUUGCAACACCUGCCUCCCAUACUGAGCACUGGUUGGAGGCCCAGCUGCUCUGCCUCCGAUCAAGCCUCCUGUUAAUGCACCUGGGAAAGCAGAAGAUGGUCCAAGCAUAUGGGUGGCCGCUACCCACGUAGGAUACCGGGAUGGAGCUCCGGCAUCCUGGCUUCAGCCUGGCCCAGCCCUAGCUGUUGUGGCCAGCUGUUGAUUCUCCAGUGUGGUCCUGGGUCUGCAAGGUUGCAAAACUGUUUCCCAACAACAGGAAGUUGGUUGUUCACCUUGUCUACCCUCUCACUGGUAUAGUAUUCAGAGGCUAGAGGGCAGACAAAUGGCGUCAUCGCACAAUGGCUAAGCACUGUGUGCAUGUCACCUCAGGCUUGGAAAUGUCCCUCUUAACAUCUGAUACCUAAAUGUCCAUGAAUAGAGCCCACAUAAACAAAAGCAAUGGGGAAGGGAGGGAGGCAACUGAUAAAUUUAAUUUAUUUUCAACUGACAAAUUUUUACAGAAGGGUCCUGAUUCAGACUGCCAGGUUCAACAAAUAAAAAUACAGGACUCCAGAUAAAUUUGAAUUUAAGAUCGACUACUACUGCAUGGGAUGUAGUCACACUAAAAAGUUAUUCUUUUUUUAAUGUGAAAUCCGAAUUUUACCGGUCAUCGUGUAUUUUACUCCCCAAUGGCAGGCCUUCUUAAACCAAAAAGCUUGAGGCCCGCUCCCCCUAGCGACAGCAAGCUGAACUGCAGAGAGCCCCACUUCCUGCGGGGCAGCACUUCCGGCCAGGGGCUCUGGCUGCCUGCGCGUCGCCCCGCCCCUGGCCGGAAGCCGCUGGGGGCCGCGGCCCGGCUGCCCUCGCUGGCCAAGCCCCGCCGGUUCCCCGGGCCUGGUGCUGCGUGCGGAGCCGGCGGGACGCGCGUCCAGAGGGGAGCGGCCCGGGCCCGGGCCCUGCGUGGGCAGCCCGGCAUCCUCGCCCUCGCCUGGAGUGGCGGACCGACCAGCGGGCGGCCGGGGCCGGCGGCCGCCAUUCCCGUGUCGCUGCGCCCUCGGGGGCCGCCGGAGCCGGCAGCCAUGCCGCUGGGCCUGAAGCCCACCUGCAGCGUCUGCAAGACCACGUCGUCCUCCAUGUGGAAGAAGGGCCCGCAGGGGGAGAUUCUCUGCCACCACUGCACGGGCCGGGGCGGCACGUCCGGCGGGGGCGCCGGCGCGGGGCCGGCCGGAGCGACUGGGGGCGGCGGCGGCGGCGGCUUCGGCGCGACCACCUUCGCCAGCACGUCGGCCGCCCCUCCGCAAAGCAACGGCGGCGGGGGCGGCAAGCAGAGUAAGCAGGAAAUCCACCGGCGGUCUGCUCGGCUGAGAAACACUAAAUACAAAUCCGCUCCAGCGGCCGAAAAGAAAGUGUCCACCAAAGGCAAAGGGAGAAGGCAUAUUUUUAAAUUGAAAAACCCCAUCAAAGCUCCCGAGUCGGUCUCCACCAUAAUCACUGCAGAGUCCAUCUUCUACAAGGGUGUGUAUUACCAAAUUGGCGACGUGGUUUCUGUGAUUGAUGAGCAAGAUGGAAAGCCCUACUACGCUCAGAUCAGGGGUUUCAUCCAGGACCAGUACUGCGAGAAGAGUGCGGCUCUGACGUGGCUCAUUCCCACUCUCUCCAGCCCCAGAGACCGGUUUGAUCCUGCAUCCUAUAUCAUAGGGCCAGAAGAAGACCUCCCAAGGAAGAUGGAAUACUUGGAGUUUGUUUGUCAUGCACCUUCUGAAUAUUUCAAGUCACGGUCAUCACCUUUUCCCACGGUUCCUACCAGACCUGAGAAGGGCUAUAUAUGGACUCACGUCGGACCUACUCCUGCAAUAACUAUCAAGGAAACGGUUGCCAACCAUUUGUAGUUGGAAACUUGCAGUGGGAGGGCGCCAGUUGGGAAGCCACAGCCCACAUCAGAGGGCCUGGGCCCAAGGCCUGGCUCCCCUCCGCAUUCCAGCUUGCUGCUAAUGUGCACCUUGGGAGGUAGCAGGUGAUGUAUCCAGCACUUAUGUCCCUGCCACCCGAGUGGGAGACCCAGGUGGAGUUCCGCACUCCUGGAUGUGGCCUGGCCCAGCCCUGGCACUGCGGGCAUUUGGAGAGAGAGCUGGCAGGUGGGAGCUCCCCCCUUUGCCUGCCUCUCUGUGUGUGUGUCUCUGUCUCUCGAUAGGAAAAAAAUAAUUAGAACUGGAUUUCCAGUUAUCUUGUACUCAUAUUAUUACAAGAUAAUGCCAUAUGUUUCUUAAAUGAAAUUUUUAGCUGGAAAAAUGAGUAAGUUACAGUUUUUUUCCCUACUACCCGAUAAUCAUUAUCAUCUUCAUUGCUGGUCAUUUAAAGAAUUAAGAGGAAUAGAAAAUAAUGGACUGUAUUUGAGGUUAAAUACUACCUUCUGUAUGUGUGUUUUCACAGGCAAGGUCUGUAAAGCCCAGGGAGACCAUUGACAGCAGGUAGUUUCUAUUUUUUUCUCCAUAAUUUAUUCCUAGAAACUCAUAAAAUGGGAUUGUAUUUUUCUAUAAGAACAAAAUAUUAUGGUUUAGAUUUCUGACCAGCAUCUUAGCCACGUAAAAUGUAGCUGUGACCAAUAGUGUCCAUCAUCAAACCACGCAAGCCUUAUUCUGUGAUCUAGAAUUGAUUUUUGGCUGCUUCAGCCAUGAGUUAAGUGACUGGUGGGUGAUUUUAUUAGUCCAGUCUUUUUUAAACUUGUAUCUGCUUCUGUUGCAAACGGGCACUAUCAGUCGUGUAGUGAAACCAUUUGCUGUGGACUCAGCCUGGACCGGACAGGCCUGUUGUACAGAAGUGUCCAGAAUUCAGCUGCAGGUCUUAGUUCAUGUGCAGGUCGAUUAAGUAGAGGAGCAGCAGCAUGGGCAUAGUGGGAAACGGGGUGGCACACACGUGCCUCUACUCUCCCGGUUUAACCAGUGUUUUCAGUCAGGGUCUCAUCUGAUCAUAACAAUUUUGAGCUGAGGCACCAUUCAACUGUUACCCUUUCUGCCCUGGUUGGUUUGUAUUUUGGGAAGAAGCAACUGUAGACAGCUCUGUGUGUAUAGGUGCGUUUCUAUUCAUAACAGCUAGAGUAAAAUUGACUGUAAAUACCUUUGUAUAUAAUUUCCUAAAUGCUGUUGUUCACAAUUUUGGAUUAAAAUGUGUUUUUCACCAAGUA